CAGAAGUGUCAGAUUGCGGCCGCACUGUGAUAAGAACGGUUCUUAUAGUUGAAAGAUUUUUAUCUUUACUAUUAAUUUUAAUUUGUUGUUAAUUUUGAAAAUACAUUUUUCAAAAAAAUUUAAACAUUCCAAUCAUUUAUGGAAAAAAGAUAAUUUAUACUUUGAUGUGAAGUUUUUAAAAAGAAUUGUUAAAAAUCUUUUGUUUACCUCCUAUUGUUAUAACAAUAAAAAUUUGUAUUCUGACAAAAAAGAAACAUGUUUCCAACAAAAUAAAGAAAAUAGAAGAACAAGUGAGAAAAUUUUGAAAAUUUUCAUAGUGAAGUAAAAAAAGAAAAUCAUGUUGAUCAAUUAUUUUCGAAGAUCAACUAGCGCUCCAAAUAAAAAUGAGAUAAUAGGAUAUAAAGUAACAAACGCCAGUCGCACCAGAAAAGUUGGAGUUGCAUGUCGGACUUUUCAGGAGCUCAAAGAAAAGGCUUGCAUCAAAUUAAAAAUUACCGGAAAAUUGGAAGAUAUCAGCGUCUUUCUUCUGGAUGGAUCAGAAAUAGAUGAAGAAUAUUUUUCAACACUAAAGGCGCAGACGACUUUGAUCAUUCAGAAACCAGGGGAAAGAAUAAUGACAGACGCAGAUUUACUCUACGAAACAUUGAAAAGAGUUAAUAUAGAUUAUUUGAUGUCCGGUGAUGAAAUUUCAAAGUUCCUGACAGAAAAUCUUAAAGCAAAGAUUUCAAUUUUAAAUAGUGCAUUAAAUAGCGAUGAUACAAAGACUCAUUUAAGUUCCCGAAUUGAUCAUCAAGAUUGGUUUCGAGGACUAGACACAACUUAUACGUCCAAAGAAGCAUUCAUGCACAGAAGAUGUCAAGAUAGAAUUCGUGGCUACCUCACAAAAGCAGUGGAACAAAUUAAAUCUUCAGAUAUUUUUACAACUGAUCGACGAGCUAGACAGCAUUUAUUACGUGCAAUUGCUUUUUUUAAAUUGCAACUUAAAGAAGAUCAUUACUAUGGUCAUUAUUUUGAUAGAAGUAAAAUUUCAACGGGAAAUUCUAAUGAAGUAAAAAAUAAUAAAAAUGAUAAUGAUAAAGAUAAUAAUGAUAAUAGUUCCGAUGAGAUUGAUGAUAGUGGUUUUUUUCAAUGUUACGAACAUUGUCCUUGUAAAUUGAGAAAUUUUGAUUAUUUCAAUCUCUUUGAAAUAGAAGAAUCAGAUCAAAUAGAUGCAAGAAGAAUGCAGCAAGAAAAUGACAAUGAAAUUGAAUCAUACUAUAAAGUGAUUCCUGGUAAAGAAAGAAAAUUGAUUACACUCUGUGAUCAUAAAGGUGAAUUUAAAUGUGAUGGAGUAUGGAAUAAGGAUAAGUGUACGUAUGAUGGGAAACAUAAAAUCAAUCCUUAUCGAUCUAAAGAAGAACUCAUUCUUUUUUCAACUUGGAAUCUUGAUCACAGAAUUGAGAGAUCGAGAACUUUAAUUCCACAAUUGCUGAAAUUAUCACAAGAGGAACAAUUAAAUCAAAAGGAUGUGGUAGAAAUUUAUGACAAUUUGUUUACGAUAAAAAAUUUAAGGCUCGUGCAUAUUGUUUGUCAUGACAAAGGUGCACAUAAAUAAUAACAAAAAAUGAGAGCAAAUUUGAAACCGAAUUUUGGCACAAAUUUAAUUAAGAAUCAUAAAGAAAAAUUUUCCUCUAUUGAGUAGAGUUUUAGAAUUUAAAAUUAUUCUUAGAUCUAAAAAGCGCAUGUAAUGUAGUCAAAAAAUUUGUGUAUAUAAAACACGUAUUGUAUUUCCAUCCACAAUUAAUUAAUUACGAAAUAGUAUUAGAUCUAGUAUGUAUAUCAUAUGAAAGCCAAAGAUCAUGUCUUCCACUUUUAUCAAGUCAUAAAUAGAAGCUAAUAAUUAAUGAAAAUAUUAAUAGAUAAAUAUUCAAAGUUAAUUUGUUGUUUAUUAAAUUUAGAAGUUAAAAAUUAGGUUUUUUUUUAAAUAUCUCCCAGAAAAAAAUUUUUUUUGUUCACAAAAAGAAAAUGAAAAUUAUUUUUUAAAUAAAACAAAAUUUUAGUACAGCUGAACUUUCGCUUUGAUAUGGAAUCUCUAUAUAUAUAAAAUAAUUAGGUUUCAAGUUGUAUACACAAAAAAUGUAUAAAAAAACUUAAGUAUAAAGUGUUAAGUAGAAUUUUAAAGUUUAACGAUAGUUAAUAUUCCAGUUGGAAAUAUUUGUUUGUAUAAAGAUAAAAAAAUAUGUUUAAACAUAUUUAAAAUUUAAGUGGUUUAAGUUUAGGAAAACUAGAAGAUUAAAUAUAAAAGUAAUUCAAAUAAUAGUAAAAUAAUUAAAAUUAGAAGAGAAAUGAAAAAAAAAUAUGAAAAGUUAUAAAUAUUAGAAAAAAGUGAUUUUAGAAAAAAAAAUUAGAUUUGUAAAUAUUUAGAUAGAGAACUAAAGUUCUGAUAUAUAAUUCAAUUAUGCAACUUUUUCUGUUUUGUGUAAAAUUAACAAGUGUACUUAAAUUGAACAAUAUUUAAAGUAGCAGGAAACUUUUAUAAAAUUAUUUCUUAAUUAUUUACGAUUUAAAAAAAAACUUUUUUAACAAAAAUUGUCUUUAAUUAUAGAUAAAAAAAAAAAAUUAUUGUCAAUAUUUGUAAAGAUCUGCUCAAAUGGAAAAUGUUAUUUUUUCCAGGAGAUAUUUUUUAAGUCUUAAUUGAUUGUAUUUAAAGUUUAAUUUACAAUCUAAUUGUAAUUACUAAUUUCUUUUCAAAUAUUUACUUAGACUGCGUUAACGAAACAGGGUUAAAAUUUAAGAUUAAAAAAAAGUGACCAAUAGACAUGUUAUUUUUUAAAAAGAAAUCUGCUUUACAGAAAAUAUUAACUUCAACUGCAACAAUUAAAAAAUUUAUACAAACAAAAUAUUGUAUAUAUAAUCAAAUUAAGAAAAGAAAUUAAAAAGAAGCUAUAUUGUAGUACCUGAUAAACAAUGAAUUUUUUUAAAAAUUUAGAUCUCUUUCUCUCUCGAUCUAUCUAAAAAUGUAUUUUGCUAUUUUAAUUUUAAGAACCAUUUUUUUUUAAUAAUUUCAAAAUAAAAAAUGAUUUUAUGAAGAAAAAGUGAUUGACAAAAAAUUGUCAUAUAUUAAAUAAUGUUUCUUGCAAGAUGACCUAAUGUGAAAGACCCUCCUCUUAAUUGACACUAGUUAAAUCGCUGUUGUAUAUAUCCUUUGUGCAUAUUUUUAACCAGCACUUGUGAAAAGACUCUACAUAUGAAUAUGAACAACUUAAUAGACCACUUAACUUUAAUAACGUUUAGGUAGUUCUCAUAAAUGUCACAGCUUGAGAAAUUGCUAUAUAUUUUAUGCGGUUUAACAAAGUUAUUUAAUUAUAUAACAAAGUUGCAGUAAAAAAGAGUGAGAAAUACAUUUUUCUCUUGAGAAAUAAUUCAAUAGAUAUUUAAACUUAGAAAAUAUAGUAUAUAUAUAUGUAAUCAAGAAUUAUAAAUAUUCCAGUUUCAAUUUUUUAUAUAAAAAGAAAAUGUUAUUUUUAAUUUUUGAUUGUGAAAAACUUUUCUAGCACAACAUAAAUUUUUCUAUAUGUGCAAAAAAAACUCAGGCUCGUAUUAUAUUGAAAUAAUUCGAAUAUGCGAAAAAAGUUUAUUUGUAAAUUUAUAACUGCAUUUUUGUUUUUAAAUUUUGACUCGCGAUGAGAUUAUGCAAGAGUAUAAAAAAAUAUGUAAAAUCUGUUCUAUUUACAUAUAUAAAGUUAGAAAAAUAUAUAUUUUAGCUAUAAUGAUAA